CGCAACCCCUAUUACCGUCCAUAUGCCAUCUCCCGGGUAUAGCUCCAAGCUGUCUCUUUCUUCCACCAUAAUGACCGCUCCUUUGUCAUGACAUCAACAUGGCAUCUUGGUUCCGGGCACAAAAGAGUGUCACCCGACUCUUCCUUCGCGCCACACAUAAUGAUCCCCUUGCCAGCGUCUUUUACAUCCUAUCCAUCCACCUUGCCACUUCUAAUGCUUCCAUAGCUUGUAUACGCAUCCUCCAUUGACCAACGUUACAACAACAACAACAAGAAAUACCCUGGUGUUGACCUUAUACCAAUGUGGGGAGGCUACUGGGCACCAUUCCAGAGCAUGUACGGCGGGUAUGGGGGCUAUGGAUCGAUGAUGAGUCCCUACUUUGCGGGGGGGUUGGGUACGCCUUUCGGGAUGAACGCUCUCGGUUAUGGAAUGGGUGCUGCUAUGAAUCCUCCCAUGUACGGCAUAAGCUCCAUGGGCAUCGGCAACCCGUACGCCUAUACGGGGAUGUAUGGCCUGCCUGAUUGAGUACCGCGCCA